AUGGUUUGUGUUUACCGAAGUCCUCCCCCUGAUCCCUCUUCUUAUCAGAGGUAUCCUACAAAGGCAGAUAAGCAUUGUUUAUUCCUGGGGCUGAAUGUGUUUGCCUCACUGAAGGGGAGAGCAGACACUGUUUACUUCAGGGAGCUAGGGCCUAUGUGGAGAAGAAAAAAAAACAGGUAUGAUUUGCCUCAACGACGCAACAAUGUUAUGGUACACAAAAAAAAAAAUGCCAUACGAGUGCCAGUCCUAUUUGAGUCCUACUCACCCUGUGCCAGAACAUCAGCGACGAAAUCACUCCAACUUCCACACCAUGGCCUUCCCAGCCAAGGAGCAAGGGGGAGAAACGAGAGAAAUGAAGUUUCCAGCGAGCAAAGGCGUUCCAGCUGUCACCUCACGUCGCGGAGGAAAAGGCAGUCAAUGCAGGCGGAACGAGGAGGAACCCCGAAGGAGGAGAAGGAGGAGCAGGAGCACGAGUCGGUUCUUUGGAGAAGGAUUUCUCUCGCUCCUCUCUGCCCUCGUCUUGGUGGCGGUGCUCCUCCUGCUGGCCACGGCCUUCUCAUAGAGGAUGGGUCCGUUGGAUGUCCUCACUCACUCACUCAGAGGGAGGGAGAGAAGGCUCUGCUGAGGUCCCUUGGCUUUGGCCCGAGACGAGGAGCAGCGCGCAUGGCCGUGACGUCACUCCUGUCACCUUUGGGUGUUGGUGCUCGGCCAUUAUUGCGUCACCAAGUCGCAGGUGCGUGGGCGUCUCCCCGCGAUGCUGUUCCGAUGGGCAGUAGGUCACUACUCUUAAUUACAAACUAAUGAACUAUGUUCUUACUAUAUGAGGAUGUUAAUAUAUGAGGAAGAGUCUGAAGGAACAUUCCUUGGAUCAUCCAGUCGCAGGUGCGUGGGCGUCUUCCCCCGGUAAAGUACUCGGAGAAGUUGGGACGCACAAUCCUUAAUUAUUUUUAAUUAGUUUUUUUUUAUAGUUGGGACAUUAAAAUAAGGAUCAAAAUAUGGAUGUCGUCGAUACAGAUUCAGUGCUGGAAAUCCGAAAAUGCAGCGCGGUAUUUAUAUACAUCGCACUUUAAAAAUAGAGUUGUUGUACUAUAAGACUUC